AUAUUAUUAUUUCUACUAAUAUAUCGUGAUCCAUUACAAGAAUUGCGUUGUUUCUUUAUAGAUCUUCGAAAGUAAGUGAAAUAUAAACAUGAUAAAUGUACAAAUUUGUACUGGAAGAUCUUCAGAACAAAUAUUUGUUAGUGAUGAAUCGUUCUCAGUCGGCAAAAUAUGGGAGCAAUUUGAAGAAAUAAUUGGUCUACCAAGAAAAAAUUUUUAUAUAGUUCAUAAUGGCCGAAUUAUUAAUGAAAGUGAUAUAUUCUUGGAUGGCUGUGCGACUAUUAUUCCAAAAUUAUUGGGUGGAAAAGGUGGUUUUGGUUCCAUGUUACGGGCCAUAGGUGCUCAAAUUGAAAAAACUACAAAUCGCGAGGCUUGUAGAGAUUUAAGUGGGCGUAGAUUAAGAGAUAUAAAUGAAGAGAAAAGACUUAAAGCUUGGAUUGAAAAGCAAGCAAAACGUAAAGAAGAAGCAGCAGAACGUAAAAAGAAAAAGUUAGAGAGGCUUUGUGCAGAACCAAAGCAUGAAUUUAAAGAUCAAAAUUAUGAAAAAGAGAGAUCAAUUUUGACAGAAAAAAUUGGAGAUGCAGUAGAAGAAGGUUUUAAAGUUGCUAUUGCUGGAGGUUCAAGUAUUAAAAGAAAAUGUGAAGAAGAAGUUAAAAGUAAUAAGAAGAAAACAAUAUUAGAUUUAGAUAUUGAUUCUGAUGAGCUUGAUACUUCAGAUGAUAGUGAUACAGAAGAUAGUGAACCAGCAAAAUCUAAUAAAUUUGAGCAACAAAUAUCUAAUGAUAGUGGACGUUCCAGUGAUGAAACUGAAAGAGAUAAUGAUAAACUAAAUGAAACAAAGGUUGUAGAUUCAAUUACUUCUGAAAAUAUGAAUGCAUGUACUGACAUUUCAAUUGAAAGUAAUGAAGAAAAAAUAGUAGAUUCUAAAAGUGAAAAAGUAGAUAAAAAGAAUGAAGUUGCUAAUGAAGUUACUAAUGACAUUUCAGUUGAAAGUAGUGAAGAAAAAGUGGUAGAUUCUAACAAUGAAAAAGUAGAUAAAAAGAAUGAAGUUUUAAUAAUAAAUAAUAAUCUGAUAGAGAAUGUUGAAAAAAAUGAAGUUGUAACUUCCAUGGACAUUACAGAAGUAGAAUCUAAAUUCAUAAUGUUUUUUUAUUGGUUAUAUAUUUGUAUUUUUGGUAGUCUUUCCAUUGAUUUGAUUGUAUCGUCACAUGUUGACGUCGUGCAUCACUCAAAUUGGUUACUCUUAGAUCAUGAUAAAUGUGGUAGUUCCAAUACCGAUCGUAUUAUAGGUGGUAAAAAUGCAAAUAUGGGUGCAUAUCCGUGGCUCGCUAGAAUAGGAUACAUCACAGUUAAAUUUAAUCCAGUAAAUUCUAAGGUAGAUUAUAAAUGCGGUGGUUUCUUGAUUAAUAAAUACAAUGUAGUAACAGCUGCUCAUUGUGUGACACAAUUACCGAAAUGUAUAGUCAAUUUUGUUUGUUUCAACAAUUUGAAAAGGCUUAAAAUCACCAAUGUCCGAUUAGGAGAAUAUAACACGAUGACAGAUCCCGAUUGUGAAAAAGAAUACUGUGCCGAACCAGUUCAAAAUAUUCAAAUAGCAUCUAUCGAUGUUCAUAAAGAUUACGAUCAUCCGAAAUUUAGAAAUGACAUUGCUAUAAUACAUUUGGAUAAGCCCGCUAUUUACAAUGAGUUUGUAAUACCUAUUUGUAUACCGCAUGGUGAUUUGAUUGAGAAAGAUUAUACUGGUGAAAUGGCGGAAGUUGCUGGUUGGGGAAUAUAUGAUAUAGAAACUUCUAAAACAAGUCAAUUGCUUCAAACGAUCACAAUGCCGAUCCAAGAAACGGAAAAAUGUAAAGAAAUUUUUAAAACACUUAUUUCAAUAAGCGAUCAACAAAUAUGCGUUGGGGGUGUCAUCGGUGCAGAUUCUUGUCGCGGAGAUAGCGGUGGACCUCUAAUGAAAGUGGAAACCAUUGACGAAUUACCAAAAUAUUACGUCAUCGGAGUGGUUUCUUUUGGUGUACAAGAUUGUGGUGCCACAACAACUCCUGGUGUUUACACCAAAAUAUCUCAUUACAUUACUUGGAUACUUGAUAAUAUUAGUUCAUGAAAUAUCCAUCGGAUGAUAUAUACAGAUUUAGAUAUAUUAUUAAUAUUGCAUAAUAGAAUGAAAUGACGGAUCCUUAGAAAAGUCUAAACUUCUCGUAUUUAUUGUGAAUGUUACUUUGAAAUACCUAGUAAUUUUAUACGUAGGUAAUUUACCUUGGAAAAGAGUCUAUGCCCAGUCAUUUGAAUUCUACUUAAAAUUACCAGGAAAGAUCACAGGGGAAUUUAAUCUAUUCCUAUCUAGAACAAGUACGUGUAUGUAUGUAUUUACGUUUGAUAGAGAUGAUCUAUAAAAUUGUAGAAAUAUUGUUUUGAAUAAUUAAACAGAAUUUAAUUAUUCUAAACAAUAUUACAUUAUAGAGAGUAGGAGGAAGUAUUGUCAGAAGUCGUCUGAAAAAAAAAGUGUAAAAUACGUAAACGGCCGAAGAUCAAUUAGUCAGAAAUACGAUGCUGUAGUGGGAGACACUAGUUGACCAUGGAUGACUUCGGUCUCUCUAUCAUUUGCG